AAAACAAAAAAAACAAAAAAAAAAAAAACGGACAAGAACACACACAAAUGAACUAACUGAAAAAAACAUUAAACUUGGACUUGUGAUGUUUAUUCCUUUUUUAUUUUCUUCGUUUAAUUGUUAACGGACUCUCACGCAACUUCCGAUAAAUAGACAAACAGAUGAAUAAUUAAAUAAUCAAAGUGUUUUUUUUCGAGGAUGGUGGUGUCUCCGCCCGGUUGAGGUUAGUCACCGGAGUGUCCCUAUUAAGUGUCCAAAGUGUCCUGAAGUGUUUCGUGUCUGUUAAAAGGCUCAAGAACAGUGCUGCUAUAUUGUCUGUGUUACGUCCUUGCCUGCAGUUGUAUAAUGUGUAUGUUUCUCUGUCGUGCAACAAGUCUGUGUUUAGUGGAAUGUCUCCCGUUGCGUUCAUGUAUAUCUGUUCGUUAUAUGUAGUGUCCACGUUGUAUGUAAGGAAUGAUUCGGCCACAGUAACAUGGGGAACUCUGUAGACGGUUUUGCCUCUCCAUUAAUGUGGCUAUUUCAUUUCAUUUAUGCUCCUGUGUCUGUGUCUUUAUAUAUGUACGUGUUUCCGUCCGUUUUUGUCUGUCCGUCGUGCGUGUGUGAUUCAUAUACUGUCCUUGAUGUUCACGUAGAGUAGCGAAGCAUGUCUAUAAAUAGUUUGCUCACCGGCAUUACUCGGCAGAUGAAGAACAAGAGUAAGAAUAUAUAUAUAUUUUUUUCUUACUCAUGGCUUCACUGUGUCAUAAUGUGUCUGUAAUAUGCAUGUUUUAUUAAUCUAUUCAUUUCAUAGUGUCAUACCUUCCAUAAUUAAUAUCGUCCCUCACUAUUUUUACCUUCAUCUGUUAGGAAUUGUCGUGUUCGCCAUUAUCAAGAGCCAUUUAUCACCAUAUUAAUACCAUCUCCAUAACCAUUUUUCACUCUAAUUCUAUAAGAAAAAAAAGAAAAAGAAAAUAAAUCGGGGAGGAUAAAGGAGCAGGUGCUGUCGACGCCUGCAUAUGUCUGCGGCGAAGUCAUGGCCACAAGAAACACUCUUUCUGGAUUCCUUCCAAUUUGAUACCAUUCGUCAUCCUGCCACCGCCUGCUUCUGUACGUAUGCAAAAAUGAGCUCCAGAUGUGCGUUCGUCCGUGACCGGGCUGUAUGGAGGCGAACUGAAGUCUAAGUCAAAGCCAGAUGACAGAGUCGAGACAGGUUCUUUGUAAACAAACCAAAGGGAAAAUCCUUAUCACGUAGACAGUUUAAAAAAAAAAACACGAACUUAUUUUGUAAAUAUUGAAUGAAGGGUAACACAUCUCUAUACGUUUAUAAUGAUAAUACUUCCAUUAUGUGUGACUUUGAGUGAAUAAUGACCACGAAAUGCUAAAAAUAAUCGGAUUAUUUUUGCUCACAGACACAAAUACGACAACCGCUACCCUACUGGGACGAAGGAGGCGAAGCGCCGACGAUGAUGACUACGACGACUACAAAGGCGAGGACUACGGCUACGACUACCCGAAGGGCCUCCCGUUCCCGAGCCCGACGGCGGAUACUCCUGCAGAAGGCGACGCAGGAGGACCUUUCCUUCCCCCUCGCAGCAAGCGAGAAGUCCAAGACGGCGAGAGUGGCAGUACUCUGGAGGCGAAGGAGGGAGGUAUGUACCACCCCAUCAGCGACCGCGUAGUUUUCCCGGGACUCAAAGUGGCUUCGGAUUAUGGCUUUGAUUACAACAAGACCACUGAAUCCUUCGGCAACUGCUCGUGCAAGCCAGGCAGCGUCGUAGAAGUGAGAAUGUGUCUUCUUAACCUUGUUUAUACCGACGACCUUGCUAAGCCGACCUCAGAGAAAUACAUGGAGGUUACUGGACGAUUCUUGGGAGAGCUGUCGAGGAUCCUGUUCCGCGGCCUCAUCGGCGAGGGGCGCAUCAUUCUCUUCCGCCGGGCCUUCAUCACGGGCUACGAGAAGCGAGCCGACAACAAAACGACCGCCGUGGCCCAAGUUGACCUGACCUUGAAGCUGUACCAGGCCGAGUACCACGUGAAGAACGGCAUCGAACCGGCCGUGAGGGUGGGGAAGAUCGGGGGUUACGUGACUGACCAUGAGGAGUGCAUCAAGACUAAGG